AAGGCGCACAGAGAGGAGCCAAGGAAACCAAAAGAGAGGAGACGGAGCCCAGACCAGGAAGGGAUUGCAUAGGAGAAAGUCUGCCCCAGGGAGGACCACACUUGCCAGUUCCCCAGAGGCCCCAGCCCCACUCCAGAUAGUUCUGAGGUCUGCAAGUCUGAGUGCCAGGGAGCCCAGUCAGAUGCAGACAGCCUGGCUCUUGGGGGUCCUGGUGGUCCCUCAGCUCCUGGGCUUUAGUCACGGAGCCCGGGGUGCGCAGAGGGAGUGGGAGGGAGGCUGGGGGGGUGCCCUGGAGGAAGAGCGAGAUCGAGAGGCCCUGAUGCUUAAGCAUUUACAGGAGGCUCUGGGGCUGCCCGCUGGGGUGGACGAUGAGGGUAAUCUUGCUGGAAAUUCUGAAGCCGAAGAGAUCUGGGGGACAGAAGAGACUCGUGGGGAGGAAGAGGAAGAGGAAACCACUGCAGCACCUUCUCCCAGCCCCAGCCCUUCUCCCACACCAGAGGACACCAUCACUUACAUCUUGGGCCGCCUGGCUGGCCUGGAUGCAGGCCUACACCAGUUGCAUGUCCGUCUCCAUGCCUUGGACACCCGCGUGGUCGAGCUGACCCAGGGACUGCGGCAGCUGCGGGAGGCGGCAGGCGACACCCGUGACACUGUGCAAGCUUUGCAGGAGGCGCAGGUCCGCGCUGACCGUGAGCAUGGCCGCUUGGAGGGCUGCCUGAAGGGGCUGCGCCUCGGCCACAAGUGCUUCCUGCUCUCGCGAGACUUCGAGACGCAGGCGGCGGCGCAGGCACGGUGCGCGGCUCGGGGCGGGAGCCUGGCACAGCCAGCCGACCGGCAGCAGAUGGAGGCGCUCAGCCGCUAUCUCCGCGCGACGCUCGCUCCCUACAACUGGCCGGUGUGGCUGGGCGUGCACGACCGGCGCUCCGAGGGGCUCUACCUCUUCGAGAACGGGCAGCGCGUGUCCUUCUUCGCCUGGCAUCGCGCACCCAGCCCCGAGCCGGGCGUCCAGCCUAGCGCGGCACCGCAUCCGCUCAGCCCGGAUCAGCCCAACGGCGGCACCCUGGAAAACUGCGUGGCGCAGGCUUCGGACGACGGCUCCUGGUGGGACCACGACUGCGAGCGGCGCCUCUACUUCGUCUGCGAGUUCCCCUUCUAGCGGGCCGGUCCCCGCUCUGGUGCUGCGGCGCACUCCUGCACCCCGCACCCUCCACGCUGAACGUUGCACCCGUGCCCCCUGCCCUCUGCACCCUGCACUUGCAUCCUGGACCCUGCAACCCUGCACUCUACCCCAUGCACCCUGAACCUUGCAUUGUACACCGUGCACCUCCACCGUGCUCCGUACACGUAACGGUGCAACAUACACUUUGCAUCGUGUAACCUGAAUCCCGCACCCUGUACCCUGCCCUAUACACCCUGAACCCAGCACCCUGCACUCUGAACCUUGCACCACUACCCUGCACCCUGCCCUGUAUACCGUGCACCCUGAACCUCGCACCUUGCAUACUUCCUGGGCCCAAAGUGCAAAUACCACCAACCUGGGCGUUCCCCCCCAACCCCCCGAGGAGGGCUGGUGUGCAUCCCCUCCGGUGUCUGUCUCUGAAGCUUGGAACUCCUGACUAUGCCUGGCGCCAAUAAACCCUUCUGGAAUGUUA